GUCUCCUCUUUGUUUAUGACGUUUUUCUGAAUUAUGGGAUGUUUUGCUCCGCCAUUUGCUCGGAACUGAUACGGAUUGACUAUUAUUUUUAACAAAAGCCUCGAAAAUCUCACACAAUUUGCUGCAGUUGAAAUGGAUUGUCAGCAAGUCAACCGUAUCAUCCGUGUUGAUGGCUCUAUGAGUCAGGAAAUGGGAUCAGCAGAAACUGUGACAAUAAGUCUUGAGGAUGCUGCACAGAUUAUUCUCCAAGAACAAGUCAUGGAUGGAACUCUUCAAAUACCUCCUGGCACCUAUCAUAUUCUUACGCAAGACACACUUCAAGUGGACGAUAACCGACUGAUUGUGGCCGGCUCCGAUGGUAUGCCGGUCAUUAUGCAGUCAGCCAGUAACAGCCUUCAGAACUACACUGUCCAAACUGAGGAUGGGGAAGCCAAUAUUUCAGAAGUGGUCAAUACUGUUGUGUCAGACAGCACGUCCAUGGAUAUACUCCAGGUGGCCGAGUCGAAUGAAGACCUUCAGCUGCCGCAGCAGACUACUCUGGUUGCGGCAGCAGAACCUGUUAGUGAAGAAGCUGAGAGUGCAGAAGUUGCGGGUGUUGGCGUCAGCAAUGUGGGUUCCAGAGAUGUGAAAGCAGAAGAUGCAGGUGUCACUCUUAAUCCAAUGGGGUUGACAAAUAUUAUCAGUACAGCUAGUUCCACCAAGCAAGAUCUCUCUGAAGAUCAAAGCAAUCAGAUGGCUGAAGCCUAUCCUUCAGCUGAUAAUGUUGCUGAUGAUACUACAACUACUGGAGCCCAGAGUCGCAAACCUGAUCUCACAUGUCCUAUUGCUGUUACAGACAGGACAGAGGUGGUGAUUAAUGGUAAAAAAUGUGUGAUGAUGUUAAACUCUGAGACAGGCCAGAUGUGUGCUUAUCCCUUGCUGCCACCAGAAGGCCGAAGAAAACGUGGCCGACCUCGAAAACAGCCUCGUGUUGAAGAACCAGCUGCUGCUGAGGCUACUGAGUCUCCUGAACUACCCCUGUUAAUGUCAGACAGCACAACGGAAAACACUUUGCUGCCAAAGAUAUCCCUGAAUGGCAGCCAAGAGUGGACAGCUUCACAACAAAACCAGUCAGUAGCUGUUGAUGAUAUCAAAGAAAUUCCACUGAUGAGCCAGGAGAUGUUGGCAGACCAAACAGAGCAGACCAAUGCUGCGGAGGGCCUCCUGGAAUUGUCUGCUACAGGUCCAGAUGGUGUACGUCGAAGUGGAAGAAUAAGACGGAAAGCAAAGACUCUAGAAGAUUAUGAAAUUCUAGAGAUUUCAAGUGAAGAUGAAGGAGCCACUGCCCCAGAUGAUGAAGAAGUGACACCUGCUGGAGUAAAAAGGAAACGAUCUGGCACCAAGGAAGCUAAUACACUUGCACCAUUUUUACUUGGACCUGGGAUGAAACGAGGACGUGGUCGGCCUCGACGGUAUCCACCUGCUGGUCAGAGCAGCUUGCCAACACAAAUCCCCGCUGUGAUUAUACCAACAUCCAGUGGGCAAACACUAAUGAUGGCUUCUGUUCCAGGAAUCCAGAAUAUGCAGGCAUUUCAGCAGCAGAUAAAGCAACUGCCAACCCUGCUACAGAAAUCAGUAGAAGGUCAAGGGACUGAAGACAAUAAUAAUCAGCAGAUGUUACCAAUGUCAUUGAAUACUGAAGGAAUCACUGCCACUGACUCCACUUCAAAGCAGCAGCAGCAGCAACAGCAGCAACAACAACAACAACAGGACAACCUCAUAAUUUCAGCAACAGACAAUACAACCGAGAAUACAAAGCCAGUUGGGUCCACAGAUGUUAAUGAAGAAAUUUCAAAAGUACAUUCCAAAACUGCUGAAAAUCCAACAAGCCAAUCAGUUACUUCAGACGAAGGCAAGAGUGUCAGCGAGUCUUCGACAGAGGUUAUCACUAGUAGUGCUCAGCCAACCAUUAUCCAGAUUCCAGAGAACUUUUUACCAAUGUUUUUACCAAAGAAAGAUCCAAUCAAAAUCGGUUUGAAAGCAACAGAGAAUGACUUGGAACGUUUGCGUUGUAACAAAUGCCAGUUCCAGGCAUACUACCAACAGCAGUUCCAGGAACAUCUGUCUUCUAACCACCCGGAGACUGUUCAGAAAUGCAAGUGUUGUACAUACCUCUCCCUCGACAAAACAGAUUUAUACAAUCAUUUCAAAGUAAGGUUUCCAAAUAAUUUAAUUCUUUUAUUUGUUUUAAUUAUUGGACUGCUGCCAUGCUGUGCACUGCUUUGAAGGGUUCAGUUGAAC